CUUUCAACCCAAAGUUUAGCUUACAUCACUAACUCUUCUUACGUGAGAUGGGACGGCUCUUAUAGGUUUUUUGCUCGAGUCGUGAUCGGGGUAUCCUACCAUCUCCAACUCGCGUACUCGCGUAUAGAGACACGCAUUUGCAAUGUCAUCUCAGGCAGCGUCGAAGCCGGAUCGUUGAGGCCUAACGUCUGGGAGGUUGAUUAGUAGGUCGGUAUAGAAUACAGAAAAUUGAGUAUAUUAACUAGAGCUUUACCCCUCCAAGAUAGCACAGCAGCACAGCAGCCAGCACAACAAUACAGCAAUACCCCGCAACUCGUGCCAUACCUAACAUAGGUACCUCAGUCAUAUUCCGUACAUUUACACAAUAAAGUAUACGCGCUAGUUUAAUCGAAACGUACCUAGCUCAGCUUCGUUCGUCCCCCCUUUUUGGAUAUAUUCUUCCCCCCGGCCGCCCGCUCUAUCCCUUGCGUCUACUGAUAAGGCUCGAUGGGUUCGCUCGAUUCUCCCAAAGAUGAGCUGACCGUUCUGGUCACCGGCUUUGGUCCCUUCAAAGAGCAGUAUCCCGUGAAUCCCGCGUGGGAGAUAACCGCCUCGCUGCCGGAUUACCUCCCGCCCGACAGGGUUAAGGAUCCCGCGCGGCAAGCUCCGUCCGCCCUGCCGGCGGUUCGGAUCCUGAAGCACGGCCCUGUCCGCGUCAAUUACCAAGUUGUUCGGGACUUGAUGCCGACGCUGUGGGAUGAUCCGGAGCAGAAGGCUGACUAUGUCAUUCAUAUAGGGAUGGCGGGUCCGCAGCAUGUUUAUUCUAUUGAGAGGCGGGGUCAUCGUGAUGGAUACGAUAAGCACGAUGUUGAUGGUCAACUACUUGGUGAUGAGCAGAGACGUAAGCUUGAAGGGGAUAAGUGGAUAUGGCAUGACGUUCCCGGGGAGCUCUUAACCGACUUAGAGAUCGGAAAGAUCUACAAGCGAUGGGUUGAGCGUAGCCCGGAUAACCUCAGGCUGCAAAUCUCCGACGAUGCCGGACACUACCUUUGUGACUUCAUCUACUUCUCGAGCCUAGCUCACCUGUAUAAGCAACAGCGGCCUAAGAAAGUAAUUUUCCUGCACGUCCCCUUGCACCCUGACCCUGAAUCUCUCAGCCGCGGAAAGGAGCUUGCUUUGCAAUUAAUUAAGUCGGUAUGCGAAGUUGGCCUGCAGCGGGAGCAUGUAUCCUAAUGCAUGUGUGGCAUGUGUGUUGGGCGCUUAAUGAAUGACAAACAUGACGUAUAUUUGUACGUUAACCCAUCUUGUUGCAACAGUCAAUGAAACGAUAUACAUAGUUUUUGCCUCGGAAAUAGUUUGGAAUAAUCAAUCGUGGGGGGUUUAGCUAGAACUAUUAACAUCAAGCUUACAACCCAUUCCAUAAACAUAAGCGGCUACCUAGUCUUCUAUGAGAAAUAUAAAUGUC